UUAAAAAAAAAAGGAAAAAUGUAAAAAACACUAUCUACACAAAGCCGAACAGAGAGAAACGGACGGGGCGGCUUAAGUUAUGGAAGAGGAAAAAGCGGCAGCUUACUACGACGAGCUCACGCGUAAAGGAGAAGGAGCUGCUCGUUUCAAGCAAGGCCUUGGCUUUUCCUCCGGAGCCACCACCGGCGUUCCGGAGAGAGGAUCGGCGAUCGCAUCAUCCUCCUCUUCGUUUCUCAAUCAGUUCGUCAAGGCUUCUUCCAACCCUAAAUCCACCGAAAACGAUUCCGAGAUCCGAUCCAUCAGAGAUAAAUUGAACAACAAGAAGAAGAGGCCUGAAACUAGUGUUCCGGAGAGGAGCUACAGAGAUUCGAGCGAACGGCGUCGUUACCGGAGUAGAGAGAGGGAUGAGAGAGAUAGAAGCCAUAGAAGGAGAAGCAGGAGUGCAGAGAGGCGUGAUAGGUAUGAUGAUAGAGAGAGACGUAGGAGGAGGAGUCGGAGCCGGAGCAGGAGUACUUCGCCGAGGAGGGAACGUAGGAGGAGCGAAGAUGAGCGAAGAGGAAGGAGGAGAGAAGAUGUUAAGGAGAAGAAGAUUGAUUACUCGCGGUUAAUCAAAGGCUACGAUGAUAUGUCGGCUGCUGAAAAAGUGAAGGCCAAGAUGAAGCUCCAGCUUGAUGAAACUGCUGAGAAAGAUACCAAUAGAGGUGCUGGAUGGGAACGAUUUGAGUUUGACAAAUAUGCCCCGGUUGAUGAUGAGGAAGUAGAAGAAGGUACCAAUGAUGACGCUGCCUUAGUCAAGCGCAUGGGACAGAGCUUUAGGUUUAAUGCCAUCGAGGCGAAAAGGGAAGAGCAACUAAAAGCCGCACACGAUGAAGCCAUGUUUGGAGCACCCACAUGCCAAACUCCUAGUGACAAAAUCGAGGAUGAUGUGCCAGUGACAACUAAUGAAAAGGGCGUUGAAGGAGAAAGCAACAGUGGCGCGACAAAUCUUCUUAGCGAAAAGGUACUGGCAAAACAACAAGGAUCUUGGCGUGACCGAGCUCGCAAGUCAUGAGUAUCCUGUGUAUAUUGAAGGUCAAGAUUAGUGUAGUUUAUAAGUAUUGAUUUUUUUUUUUUUACAAGAAAUUUUGUUAAUUUAACUUUGAAUAUAAAGGUCAAAUUAUUGUUCUUCUCUGAUACAACCGAAUAAACAGAUUUUUCAACGAUCAAUGAUAAUUCAAAU